AUGAGAGAUACGCGCGUUGAUGAUGCUGAUGUUGAAGAAGCGGCUCUUGAUCCUCAACCUACCAUUCGUGGCUUGAUCGACUCAUACCCGUUCACCAGCUUCUGCAUCUCACCCAUCUCAAUUGGGAACAACUUCCCAGCCCAUGUCUAUCGCCGCAGAUGUUCCAAAUCGGCACAGAUUUCGAGUGGAAGCUAUCCUGACCAGGUGACAGUCCGCAAAUUGCUGCUUUUGUAUAGUUUCAGCAGUGAACAGUUUUUACCGGAAACCAGAACUUCAUUCAAGAAGUUGAAGAAUAAAGUGAGUCAACAGUUUUCUGAACAGUUUUGUCAGUUUGCGUUGCCGAAAAGCAACAAGUGGGACGGAUUAUUUUCCAUUUGGCGACAGAUUCUCAACCUUCCAACCCCCGCCGCACGCACCAAAACCAGCACCAGAGAAAUGGCCACCCCGUCCACUGCGUCCGCCACAUUCUCCCGGCGGGUCCUUGUCGCCCUACUGGUAUGCAGCCUGCUACUGGACCUGAGUUCCUUCACCGAGGCUCGACCUCAGGACGAUCCGGCUUCAGUGGCUGAGGCGAUCCGGCUCCUGCAGGAAUUCGAAACAAAGCACGCCCAGCACGCUAGACCCAGGUAA